AUGGAGUCAACAGAAUCAGAAGAAGGUCCAUCUUCCUCUGGAACCCCUUCGAAAGAGAUUGACAGCCAACGAACGCCAACACAAGAAUCACGACCCCCAACCAUCCCACAACCUAGACUAGAAAUUUGGAAUCGAAUAAAAUAUGGGCAUGUCUCGACUGCUAUGAAAAUUCGAAGUUUACUACUAUUCAUAUCAUCAUCUUUAAUCACUUUUAUCGAAACGAUAUCUGAACCGAAGCGUGAUAAAGUGCCACCUACUGAAAUUAUCACCAGGAUUGCUACAAGUUUCAUCAAUGGACGUGUUGAUCAGAAGCAGCGAUUGAGCCAUGAAACCUUCCUGGAUAUUUUAUUAGAAAAAAUACCGGAUGCUGAUGUUCGAGGUAUGCAUUACCACGAGGUGUAUCUGGCGAUUUCUCCAAUGAUUUCAAGUGUUAACUGGGCUCGAAUAAAAUUCGACAGGAGAGAUGCUAUGAAAUGUUAUAGAAGUUUGUCUUCAAUACUACAAGUUUGCUUUGAACAAAUUGGAUUGGCUAAUCAUGGCGAAGCUGACCAAUUGAUUUUAGCUAUUUAUGUCACCAGUGUGUGGUGUUCGAUUUUAAAGCAACAUCCUGAACUUUCGCAGCCCAUUUCCGACUAUCAGGAUUUUGAGUCGUAUAUGAAGAAUUGGAUCUUCCACUCCCACUUUGAAAACUUUUCGAAGGUUUUCGUAGCAUCUUGCUGUCAAAUUAUGGAAUCUUCUGACCAGAUGCAAAGCCAGCAGAACCAGUCAAAAAUGGGAAAUCGGAAUCCUCCCAGAAACCACGAACUUUCACGAUCCUUAUCAUUGCCAGCUGCAGUCCCAGAAACAGUGCACAAUGCAGUUCCUUCCCCUUCCCAUGUCCAUCCGUCUUGGAUGCAUGGUCCACCACAGCCAUUCAUGGGAUACAUGAGUCCAGGAAUCGUUUUCUCUCAAUUCCCAAUUCCCAAUCCCCCAGUUGACCCACAUCAGAAUCAUCCAAUGAUACUGGUACAUCCGCCAGCGAAAUCAAAACCUUCACGUGCUACAAAGAGAAAGCAAAAAGUAACAGAAGCUUCUAAACCGACGGCCCCCGGCACAAAAGGACCAUCUAAAAAGGGACCUAGACCAGGUACCAAAUACAGGCAGCGAAUAACGACGGAGGCAUCGAUGAUUCUGGAAUUCGAAGCGAAUCGUCUAGCCACGAGUCCUCCGGAUAGGCAUUCGAAGAGAAAAAUUAGUGAGAGAACCAACAUUUCGCUUUAUCAGGUAAAGAGCUUCUUCAAUAGGAUCACUGCUGAGCAAAGACGUCUGAAAAUGGGAAAACCGAUAAGACGUUAUAAAAGAUCCACCAAAAAAUAG